GCUUUAGGAAGUUCUCUUCGCUAUUUCUCAAGCUUGUACUCGUACUUUUUCGCCUAACAAGCCUGAAAAUGAGCUGGGACUCAUACAUCGACAACUUGAUUGCUCAGUCUAAGGACACGAGCGGUGGAUUUCACGUAUCGAAGGCCUGCAUUAUCGGUCUAGACGGCGGCGCAAAGUGGACGACAGACGGUCAUGCUAACGCGUUUAAGAUCACACCACAGGAAGGAGCUGAGAUUGCAAAGGUUAUGAAAUCCAAAGAUUUUACAAACUUCCAAAUGUCUGGAGUGCAUUGUGAGGGUGUCAGAUAUAUGUUUUUGAAAGAACAAGAUUCAAAAAUAGUAUAUGCCAAGAAACAAGGAGUCGGCGCAACUACUAUUCAAGCCAGCAAGACGGGAAUCGUUAUUGCUUUUUGUCCAGAAGGUUCUCAACAGGGCAAUUGCAACAAAGCAGUGAAUGUAAUUGUCGAGUAUUUGGAAUCUUUGGGCAUGUAGAGAUCUUGCAAGAGGUAUUUCACAAAGACAUGUUAGUCAAGGAAUUGGAAUUGAGUAGUACUUAGUCUCUGUUCACUCUCACUUUGGAUCAGAAGUUUAUGAUGAAGCGCCUGUGUUUGUAUAGAAACAACUGACUAGGUGCUGCUAUUCCAAAUAGCUUCAUUUGCAUCACAAAACUAUGACAACACAGUAGAGUAUGCAUACUGCUACCAAUUUGAGGGGGCAGUC